GGUCAAUUUGAUAUGUUUAAUUUUCGGAGCUGUUGCUUCUUCGUCGAUCGCUAGAUCUCCUUACGAUCUCUCUCUUCUCUCACGAGUCUCCAAGUCGUCCAAGACUUUUCAGUAGAUUUUUGUGAUUUGUGUGAUUGGGUCUCUCAAUUUCCAAACUAGCGAGCCUCCGCCGUAUUUAACUAUUCCGCGCAUAACAACGAUUCAUCAGAAAGAAAGAAAAAGAAAUCCUAAUUUCGGUGCAAGUAUUGAGUAGAAGAACAUAAUUUCUAAAGCAUGGCAAACUCAUUACGGUUGUAUCUAGCAUGCAUAAAAAAUACACUCGAGGCAGCCAUGUGCUUACAGAACUUUCCUUGUCAAGAAGUUGAAAGGCAUAAUAAACCAGAGGUUGAACUAAAGACAAGCCCAGAACUUUUGCUAAAUCCUUUAUUGAUAUGCCGUAAUGAGGCUGAAAAGUGUUUAAUAGAAACAUCUAUAAAUUCACUCCGGAUAAGCCUCAAGGUCAAACAAGCGGAUGAACUUGAAAACAUACUAACCAAAAAGUUCCUUAGAUUUUUGUCCAUGAGGGCAGAAGCUUUUCAAGUACUGAGGAGGAAGCCAGUGCAGGGCUAUGACAUUAGCUUUCUAAUAACAAACUACCACUGCGAGGAGAUGCAGAAGCAGAAGCUAAUCGAUUUCAUUAUUCAGUUUAUGGAGGAUAUAGAGAAAGAAAUAAGAGACUUGAAGGAGUCAGUGAACACCAGAGGACGACUCGUUGCGACAGAGUUUCUGAAACAGUUCAUUAGCUACUCUUGGGUUGGUGGUUGGUUAGGUUUUAACUCUUGCUUUUCCCUUGCAGUCCUUUGCUUUGUGGCUUAUUCAAAGAUGACAACAGUCGAAGCCGGUCAGAAAACUCAAAAGUCUUCUCCUUCCGGUUCUGCUGCUGCCGCUACUGGUAGUCUCAAGCAGUCUUCAGGAUCAUUUAAAAGGUGGGGAAGGAGACACCCAUUUGUAAGAUAUGGACUUCCGAUGAUAUCUCUCACUGUUUUUGGAGCCCUCGGACUCGGCCAACUCCUUCAAGGCAGUAAGGAUAUUGCAAAGGUAAAAGAUGACCAGGAAUGGGAGAUUAUAGAAACAAGAAAGGCGCUUUCGAGAACAGGACCUGUCGAUGCUUAUAAACCUAAAAACACAUCCAUCGAAGAAGAGCUUAAGGCUAUGCAAGAGAAGGUGGACAUAAACACGUACGAGUACAAGAAAAUUCCAAAGCUAAACGAAAACAAGUCGAGUUAAGUGAAGUCUUUUAAGAAUCAUCUUUGUAUAACAAUUUUCUUUUCAGUUUUAAAUUACUAUUCACAUAAACGCCCAAGUACAUAUUCCAGCAAGUUUUGGGCUUCCUAAACCAAGAACAAAGAGGGCCACUUUAUAAUUAGACCACCUCCAAAGAUAAGAAUCUCUUAUGGGUUCUUAUCAUUUGUUUUACUAUAAAUUAAGUUAAGAGCU